AUGUUUCUUUCUGGGAGGAACAGCCGCCUGUCCUUUCUUCUGAUCAUUUUCGUCGUCAUCUUCGUAUUCUUUUUGGAAAUCAAGUUCUUUUCCCCUUUGAGGUCAAAGACUCACGUGGUUAUCACUACGAGAAAUCACGUGACGUCCACACCUGAUCACCAGUCUCGUGGUCUCCUAGUGGACACAGCUGCUUGCAAGAUACCCGACAUUGACCCAUUUGACGAAUCCAUCCUGCAUCUCAUCCGAAGACGUGGGAAAAACAUUUGCGUUGGGAAGCCUUCCAUAACUUUCGAGGAAGGCUCAGUGCUCAGGCUGAACUGGACAGUGAUAAAUGAAUAUUACAAAGGAGAUUUCAAAUAUUGCAAGUAUCAACCGAUCAUCAGAGGACCCAAGGGAAACGAUUUUUACUUCACUUACGGUCCGUUCGAGAAAUCCUUCUCUUCGGACGUGCAAGCGAAACACGAAUUUAUUCGAGUGUAUUGUUACAGCAAGUCGGGCGGGAAGGUCUACACGAACUUCCAUUCUAUAGUCAUUCCAAAACCUGAGGUUGAAGAACAAUGUGACACGAGGUUUCGUCGUUAUUUGAAGCAACACCAGCCAAAAGAGAAGUUAAACAUGGUGGUGAUAGGCGUUGAUUCCGUAUCACGCUUAAACUUAAUGCGGCAGAUGCCUAGAACAAGAAAGUUUCUUCUCAGAAAUCUUAGCGCCAUCGAAAUGCUUGGCUACACAAAAGUAGCAGAUAAUACGUUUGUUAACAUUGUCCCCAUGACCAUUGGGAAAUACGUGGAAGAACUGCCGUGGAACGAAUCAAUGCUUCAACCAGAGACCCUGGAACAUUUAUUCUAUGAAUGUCCUAAAGUUGCUGUCUUAUGGAAUGCAGUGGAACAGUGGACACUGAACAAAGAAUAUGACUUCAUCUGGAAAGAGUUCUCUAAAAAUGGUUUCAAAACGUUGUACGCGAAGGACGCCCCCAAAUCGCAAUAUAAUAUCCACAAAGCUACCUUUGCGUUCGCUUUCAUUACCCGACCUUCUCAUGAUUACGUCAACGAUGCCGGAAUUGCAGACGAGCCGCACUUCCGGUUUCUGAACACACCGAGGGACGAUGGUAUACUUGAAAACACUGUUUUGAUUUAGUACAGUGACCAUGGUAACCGAUACGGCAGAAUACGUAAUACGUUUAUAGGCAAACUCGAAGAAAGACUUCCUAUUUUAUUUCUUAUUUUUCCUCGGUGGUUUCUAAUCAAAUACAAGGAAAUAGCUACAAACCUUCAAGUUAAUUCAAAACGACUGUCUACACCUUUUGAUGUAUAUGAAACUUUAAAAGAUAUACUCUACUUUACCGGUAACUUCCCAAAGAGAGACAGGGGUGAAAGAGGAAUCAGUUUAUUGAGAGAGAUCCCAAACGAACGAUCUGUUUUUGAUGCGUCAAUCAUGCCGCAUUGGUGUAUGUGUUUCUCCAGGAAGAAAUUAUCAGACACUUCCACGACGGCAGUACAGGCUGCACAUUCGCUUUUGUUACACCUCAACAAGGUCUUGUACGACUACAGAUACAAAUCUGCACCGCUUGAAAUUUCCAGUAUUAUAGAUGUGACACAUAUGAUGCCCAAUAAUAAUGUUCUUCAUUUUGAACAAAGUCUAAAUGACGUCAUCAACAGAACAGUUCACUAUGGUAACAGGACAGAUGCAUUUUCCCUUUAUCAGCUGACUAUUGUAAGUAAGCCUGGCGGUGGUAUGUUUGAGAUCACCAUCAAGUAUGACCAGAGAACAGCCCGCUAUUCCGUCGAUGGUGACGUCAGUCGGAUAAACACUUUCGGAGACCAGUCUAAAUUAUCUCGUGUAACCUCCCUGCACACGAACAACUGCUUCAAGACGCCUCCUCAUUCCUUGGAUCAAUCUCUGGAUUUGAUUUUGAGGAAUCCUGUUCCAAUCCUCAUGCUAAGCAGCAGUCAAUUCAUUGAGAGUCUGGACAGGUGGGCCUCUCUGUCGAACACGGCGGCCUAA